AUGAAAAUGCUUUCCUUUGCCGACGAAGAAACUGGACUUACCGAGAUGCAGCGACAAGUCUCAGAAAUUGUUCAACAUGGGAUCAUUGACCCAAAUUUUAAGUUCGAAGAUUCAGAUUUCGAACUUUUGUCUACGCUGCGAUAUGAUCCCGGAUUCACUCUUACCACGACUGCCACUCAUAAACAAACUGAAACAGCCGGGAACUGGCCGGAUCUCGGAAACUUUGAUCCAUUAUUGUCAGCAGCCGAUCAUGAAAACUUGCCGCAUGACGAAUCAUCAAUUUUCCAGCUUUUUCGCGAAGCACAGAGAGAUAAUCGUCCAAUUUCACCUCCACCAGAGCCUCUCGACGAGGAUCCUGCUAAUAUCCCAGAAUCAGACCUAAUGAACACCUUUUACAAUCGGUUCUUGCUUCUAGGGGAACAAUUUCAACGUCUUACUUUAACGCUGAACUACUUCAAAUGGGAUUUUGAAAUUCCGUUCGCUCUGUUAAUCGAAAAACUGAUCAUGGCGUUGCCUUGUCCUGUAACUGCUUCUACAAACUUACACACCCGUAUGCAGAGCUUGUACAAUGACCGCAAAUGCUACAAGAUGAGAAUUUUAGUAUCCCACACGGGGAAAAUGCGUAUUGAGGCUCAUGAGAUACCGUCAAAUCCUUUCCAUUACUCUUCAUCUACCCAGUAUUUUCUCAACACUAUUCUAGGCGGUCUAAUAGAUUCAGCUAAUCAGGAACCAUGGGACAUAUUUAUCGACACUCAAGCGUUAACAGCAUCUCCCUUCACGACAUUCAAGACAACAAGAAGAGAUCAUUACAACGAGGCCAGGUCUCGAAUGGAAGAGCUGCGGUCAACCAUAACAAAUCCCAGAGUAAAGUCAGAAAUUCUAUUAUACAAUAGUGCAUUUGAGCUGAUGGAGGGAUCCAUCACCAAUAUUGCGGUGCUACAAGACAAACCUGAAGGCUCCGGUACUUUCUAUCAAACGCCAUACCUCUCAACAGGAUGUCUCUGUGGUGUUAUGAGGUACUACCUGCUCAGCAAAAAGCUCAUAAAUGAGGGACAGACUGAUGUCCGCGAUUUGCGGGUAGGUGAUACAUUACUACUGUUCAAUGGAGUGAUGGGUUGCGUGAAAGGCAUUUUAAGAAACUCUUUGCAGUAG